AUGUCGCAAACCGUGAACUUGGACAGAGCAGAGAUCGCCCAGGCCCAAGCGGUCAAGGAUGGGCUCGAUCCUGGCCCGCCUCUGGGCACUGUCGACGAGCUCAAGGCCGGCAAGGGCAGCAUAGAUGUCACCGCCAAGAUCCCCGACAGCUCCAAUGGAGACGGCGGUCUGCUAGACGAGGACGAGGUGCCAAGUGAGGAGGAUAUGCACACGCUUCGCAGAGUUUCGGGCCACAUCAACUGGGCUGCCUACUCAGUCGCCUUCUGCGAACUGGGAGAGCGUUUCUCCUACUAUGGCUCCAGCAUUCUCUACACCAACUUUGUCGUCCACGCUCUUCCUGAGGGCUCCAACACCGGUGCAGGCCAUGGUCACGGAGGCCAGUCCGGCGCCUUGGGACUUGGCUCUCGGGCCGGUCAGGGUAUCUCCCUCACAAACCAGUUCUUCGCUUACCUGGUCCCUCUAUUCGGUGGCUGGCUCGCCGACGCCAAACUGGGCCGGUACAAGGUUAUUCACAUCGCCAUCUGCGUCUCCAUGUUGGCCCAUGUUAUCCUCGUGGCCGCUUCAGCUCCAUCCGUCAUCACCCACCCAGACAACUCUCUUGCCGCCUUCGUCAUUGGUAUGCUUGUGCUCUGCAUCGGUACCGGCCUCUUCAAGGCCAAUGUUUCCCCGCUCUUGGCUGAGCAGAACCACGACCGUCGCAUGUACGUCAAGACUCUCAAGUCUGGUGAGCGAGUCAUUGUCGAUCCAGCCAUCACCAACACCCGUAUCUUCCUGUACUUUUACAUGGCCAUCAACAUUGGGUCAUUGGCAGGUCAGAUUUCCAUGGUCUACGUCGAACUGUACGUCGGCUUCUGGCUGGCGUUUCUGCUUCCCACCAUCAUUUUCGCUAUUUGCCCUAUCGUUCUGUUUGUCAUGAAGAAGCACUACACAUUGAGCCCACCCACAGGCUCGGUUCUGGGCAAGUUCUUCAGCAUGUACGGAAUGGCCAUGCGAGGAAAGUGGGGCAGUCUGAUCAACCCUCCCAAGUUCAAGCGUGAGUUCACCUGGGACGUUGUUCGUCCAUCCAACGUUCCCGUCGAGCAGCGACCAAUCUGGAUGACCUACGACGACGAGUGGGUCGAUGAGGUCCGCCGUGGUCUCAAGGCCUGCAAGGUCUUCCUCUUCCUGCCAAUUUUCUUCCUGGCCUACAACCAGAUGACCAACAACCUUACCACUCAAGCCGCAACAAUGGAGCUGCACGGCGCGCCAAACGAUUUGAUUCAGAAUCUCAACCCUAUUUCCAUCGUCAUCAUGAUCCCCAUCCUGGACCGCUUCGUCUACCCUGGCCUUCGCAAGAUGGGUAUCAACUUCACCCCUCUCAAGCGUAUGGCCUUCGGUUUCGGCUUCUCAGCCAUGUCCAUGGUCGCUGCCGCCGUGAUGCAGUACUACAUCUACAAGAUGUCUCCCUGUGGCAAGUACACCACCGACCAGGAGUGCACCGCUCCCAUCAAUGUCUGGGCCCAGUGCCUGCCCUACGUCCUCGUGGGCUUGUCUGAAAUCUUCACGAACACCACCUCAUUGGAGUAUGCCUUCUCCAAGGCUCCGGACAACAUGAAGUCCGUCGUCAUGAGCGUCAACCUGGCCAUGUCUGCCAUCUCCUCGGCUAUCGGCCAGGCCUGGACACCUCUUGCUGGUGACCCGAACUGGGUCUGGAACUACGGAUCCGUCGCCAUCAUCGCGGCAGUAGGUGGUAUUGGAUUCUGGUAUUGCUUCAAGGACCUGGACAAGGAGGAGGAUAUGUGGAACAACCUUAAGAAGUCCGAGUACAAGGGUAGCCGGCAGCCGAAUGCAGGGCACACGGCCGCUGACAAGUCAGCGGAGCCAGAGCCGAUCAGCGAGGUUCCUAGCGAGAAGAUCUAG